UCUAACCCUAGCAACCAGCGCCUUCUUCUACUCUCUUCCACCCACACUGCUGCAGUCUUUUCUGUUUUCCAUACUUUCUUCUCUCACAAACACCCUCUUAUCUAUCAGAUCUCUUUUCCCUAAUCUUCCCUUAACCUUCCACACCGGACCAUGGUAGUCAACGAGAGACCAUCCAAGAGGAUGAAGAGGAGAGUCACAGCUGAUCUCUAUGAUUUCCUCACUUUUCCGGCUACCUCUGACGCUUCCUCCGGCCAACCCUUUCGGACCUGUGUCCAACGCUUCCUCUCAGACCACGCGCGCAUCACUUUCCCUCCCUCUUUAUUUCCGUCUCUUAUGACGUGGCAGAUCCUGUUCCGUGUCGGAGACCUCGUUGAUGGACCUGAUCUCUCACCUUCUGUUGUCACUCUUGACAUUGUUGAGGAGGAUGUUACUCGUUCUCGCAGUUCUGUUUAUUGUGACCAGUGCCGAGUCGUUGGGUGGAGUGGGCAUCCGGUUUGUCGAAAGCGAUAUCAUUUCAUAAUAAGGGCUGCAAGUAAUGCAAUCGAACCGUAUCAAAGACCUUGUUCAAGAUGUGGAAACCUUCUCCAAUUAUCUGAAACAAGCUGUAAAUCGUGUAACUUUGCCAUCACCGCGGAUGACCUUGAGGACUGGGUGUAUCUUCAGAUUGAAGAUAACACCCAUCUUCUUCAUGGUGUGGUCCAUUCCAAUGGCUAUGGUCACCUGCUUACUCUAAGUGGAAGAGAAGGUGGCUCUAAGCUUCUAUCUGGAUCUGAUAUCAUGGAUUUCUGGGACAGGCUUUGUACAUCAAUUUCUGUGAGGAAGGUUAGCGUGAUGGACUUGUCCAAGAAAUUCGGGCUGGAAUACCGAUUGCUUCAUGCGAUCACUAAAGGACAUUCCUGGUAUGGUAAUUGGGCUUAUGAGUUUGGAACAGGCAGUUAUGCUCUUACACAAGAUGCCUACAAAAACGCAGUGAAUACCCUGUCAAGUAUGCCCUUGUCAUCAUUUUCAUUUCAUGGACGGGGACCACGAAGCCGCCUGGAGUGUAUCAUUUCUCUUUACCAGUCUUUGGCAGAAACAGAACUUCUAAACAUUCAAGAUCUCUUCUCCUUUUUGUUGAUGUUGAUUCGUGAAUGCCGUAAGCCAAUAGCCAUGAGAACUUUUAAGCAGACCAGUAAUUUGUUGUGUACGUGGACGGGAAAAGAUGUUGAAGAGGUGCAAUGUGCCCUUGUCAAGGUAUUGAUUGCAUCAGGUGCGUGUACCGAGUCCAAAUGGGUGACAAGGCGUGCUCUGAAGGGUGCAGUAUGCAGGGGUGUUUCAUCUCCAGAGCUUCUUGACUACUGUCUUAAGCACUUCCCUGGGAAAUUAGCAGCCAAUGGGAUGGUAGUUUGUUCACGAUGUAAUCCCGUUUCCUGUGCAAUCGAGUUCAGGUUGGGGCCUAGGAGUAAUGGACUAAAUACAUGUUCAAGCUAUCCUACUGAAGGGCAACUAAUAUCUGACUUGACAUUUUUAUUCGACUCGAUAAUACAUCCUGACAAAAUGAUGUCAUACAGACCUAGGAUUAUGAGGAAAAGGGUUGCUGAUUCAGCCAGGAAGCUCCUUGACUGUAAACAGUUUAUGAAAGAUUACAAGCCAUAUGAAAUGGCAAUCGAACUGCCUUCUGUUAUUAGGUUGUGGUGUCAUGUCGAGCUUUCUGAUCAGCCUAAGGACGAUCCAUCCCCGCCGCCAGAGCUUAUAGUGUUGCCUUUGAAUGCUACCGUUGCUGAGCUCAAGAGCGAAGCCACUAGUGCUUUCCAAGAGGUAUAUGCAAUGUAUAAGAGGUUUCAAGCUGAAGAACUCCUAGGAUAUGGGUCAAUCAGUGACUCCCUCACCGUGAAGUUCUUGCUUGGAACAAGUGGAUCAGUCCGCAUUCAAGGUAAAUGCCCAGCAAAACAUGGGCUAAGCAGAUUCCGAAUGGAACGAGGAACUGAGGUGUGGAAGGUUGAUUGCACUUGUGGAGCCAAGGAUGAUGACGGAGAGAAAAUGUUAGCAUGUGAUACCUGUGGCGUUUGGCAGCAUACCAGAUGCGCUGGAAUUGAUAAUUCUGAUGGCAUGCCUUCUAAGUUUGUUUGCAUGAGGUGUGUCAACUUGUACCGUGAGGAAACAAAAAGGUCACCAACAUCUGGUGAGGAACCUAACGGAACCUGUAUAUUCAACUCAUCUUGCAGAGAUGAGGCAGCAGCUAGGGACUGUCCAACAGUUUCAUGUAACAUAACUGUGAAUUUUGGUGUACGUUGAGUGUAUAGCUUUUUGUAUAUGUAUGUAUCUGUAUAGUUAUUAGUCGUCUUCAGCUAGGAUUUUGUGAAUGGGGCCAGUUGAAUGUUUGAAGCCUCUGUUUUUUGAGAGCUUUAGGCCUGCAAGUCAGUGCAGCUUGGCUUUAUCAAGCUCAACGUAUAUGAAUCAAAAAUGACAACUUUGUUUUAUUAUCUUGAAA